GCGCUCCCCCUGCUGGUUGAUCUGUGGUUAUGCAGUGACGUCAUUAGUCAGUCAUCAUGGCGUUAGCAGCGGCAGCCAAGCGCUGUGCAUCUUCUGCGCUUUUCAGUAGAUCUUUGUCAUUACCAGAACUAAAAACAGCCUGCUUUUAUCACAAAAAGGUGGUGGACCACUAUGAAAACCCCAGAAAUGUUGGUUCUCUGGACAAGAAUGCGAAGAAUGUAGGCACUGGCUUGGUAGGCGCACCAGCAUGUGGUGAUGUUAUGAAACUACAGAUUCAGGUGGACGAGAAUGGAAAGAUAGUAGAUGCCAGAUUCAAAACAUUUGGCUGUGGCUCAGCUAUUGCUUCCAGCUCACUGGCCACAGAGUGGGUGAAGGGAAAAUCGGUUGACGAAGCCCUGAAAAUCAAAAACACUGAGAUUGCCAAAGAACUUUGUUUACCACCAGUCAAACUUCAUUGCUCUAUGCUUGCAGAGGAUGCCAUCAAGGCUGCAUUAGCAGACUACAGGCUCAAACAGAAAGACGACAAGGGGACGUUGGCGGAAGCUCGAAAUUAAUGUCCUCAUUUACAGAUGAGUCACUGUCACCCACUUUCAUUGUGACUCAGGAAAUUUUUAUAGUUUAUAUGCUUUCUGAGGAUAAAAUCAACACAUUAGCCAGCGUUUGCCAUUGUUACUCUAUCUGCGCUGCCUUUGCGUUGCGGCUUUGAAGUGGCUUGUAUUACAGACUGUGAAGAUCUUUUGGAUUAAAGUUUUCUCCUGUAUCUCUGAAUCACGCACAUUAAAAUAAACUCUUUAUUUCCUAAAGAUCUCAUACUCUCACAUUAAAUGUCCUCUUCCUCUAUAUCAGAUACAUACUACUGCAAAGUUUGUAAAUGUUCUCUACUACACUUUUUAUAAAGGAAAGAUUUGAAAUGUCUAUUUGUUUAGAUUUUCAGAGGGAUCAUCAUAGUUUUCGCAGUGAUUUGUAAGCAAAAAAAAAAAAAACAGAUUUGACUUGGUGCUGUAUUAUUUGUGCAAAAACUUAAUAAAGCUGUAAAAAUUCA